AUGUUCGGAAGCGGCCGCGUUAUUAUUCGGCGGUUGUACAUUCUGUUGAGGGUCCCGCGGUUGAUCGGCCCUUCUACCAGCAGUGCGCUAGUGGUGAUCGAGCUCUUUUGCCCCAGUAGCCUACAGGUUAUGACACUGUUAAGCAUGAGCCCUGCUGUGAUCAACAUGCAUGAAUUCAAUUCCAGAAUGAACUUAAAAAUUGUCAACAAAUACUCUGAACAUUUAACAGUGCUAAGAGACAUCUCAGAAGUGUGUCCUAGAAGUCUCUUGAGCCCUAGAACUGAGUGA